CAUCAAUUUAAAUGCAAAUGCACCUCCGGAGUCAUGCUGACAGCAACAGCACACCUGUGAUGAGACCUGUAGUCUGGCACAGGACAGCCUGACCCCAGGUAUUCAGUUCACCACUCAUCACAAUACAGUAGACACAGGAGGUGCAGACAGACUGAUAGAACAGUUCUCCCCAUUGACUCGCUGGGCUGUGAAUGUACCCAUACAGGUGAGCCUCUCCAUCACUCUGUAACUGGUUGGCAAAUGACCUUUCUCUCACAGCAUCAGCUGCUGACUCUGUCUCUUCUUUCUCUCCCUUCCUCUCACCCUUUAUUUCUCUAUCAAUGCAUCUCUUUAAACUCUCAUUUGAUGAUGCCUUUUUUACUCUCUGACGUUUGCCAUGUCCUCCCAACAUGUCUCUUCCUGCCCUCAGCAGCAUGGCAGUAGCAUUGAGACUGCUGGUUCUAUGCUGGCUGUUUGGAGCAGGGUGUAGUCAGAGCUCUCCACCAUGGUUCCAGAACAUCACUACAACUCUGUUCAACUCUUCGGGAGACAUCCUCCUCGGGGGGCUCUUCCCCAUCAAUGAUCUCACCAGCAACUUGAGCCAGAGAGUAGAGCCGGACAGCAUUAGCUGUGACAGUAUUAAUAAGUUUGGUUUGGGUAUGGCCCUGGUGAUGAAGUACACAGUGGAUGAGAUCAACGCCAACUCCACCCUACUCCCUGGCAUCAGGCUGGGCUAUGAGAUUUUCGACACCUGCAAGCAGUCUGCCGUCAUCGUGAAGCCCACCCUCUUCUUCCUCACAGAGGGCUCCAGCCGGGAGCUGGCCAUCAUGUGUAACUACACAGACUAUGUGACCCGUGUGGUGGCUGUCAUCGGCCCUUCCACCUCAGAGAUGGUCUCAGUCAUAGCAAAACUACUGGGAUUCUUCCUCAUGCCACAGAUCAGCUACAGUGCCACCAGUGACAAGUUCAGUGACAAGAGUCUGUACCCAUCGUUCCUGCGCACCGUGCCCAGUGACAAGAGGCAGGUGGAGGCCAUGGUGCGUCUGAUGAACAGGUUCCAGUGGAACUGGGUGGCUGUCGUAGGCAGUGAGGAUGAGUAUGGACGUCAGGGCCAGCGCCAGUUUUCUACCCUGGCAGCAGAGAGCUCCAUCUGUGUGGCGUACGAGGGGUUAAUCCCCAUCUAUAGCGACCCACAGCCUGUGGUCAGAGAGAUGCUGGACCGCAUCACAGAGAGCAAAGUGGGUGUGGUGGUGGUGUUUUCUCUCUCCCAGCCCGCCAGAGCCUUCUUCACUGAGGUGAUCAGGAGGAAUCUGACAGGGGUCUGGGUGGCCAGCGAUGCGUGGGCCCUGAACAGUGACUUGUCAACUCUCCCAAACAUCCACACUGUGGGCACUAUCAUUGCCUUCACAGUCCACAGCCAGACCCUGGGCCUGCUCACACCCUACACUUGGGAACUCUUCUCCAGGAUCAGAGAGGAGAGGGCCAGGCAGCCCUCACCAGGUCCAGAUACCGAGCCAACCCAUAGUAUGAACCCAUGCCCAGACUGCUGGAACCUGUCCCCAGACAACAUAAGUCUCGUGACAAAGCCCAUACUGCAGAGGUCAGCUUUCAGGGUCUAUGCUGCCAUCUACAGUGUUGCACACGCACUGCACAAUGUGCUCAGGUGCAAUGCUAAGAGCUGCCUGAGGGACGCUAAAAGCAAACUCUACCCCUGGCAGCUGUUGGAGGUGCUCAAGGAGGUUAACUUCAGUCUAAAUGGAAGUCAUUUUGAGUUUGACAGUAAUGGAAACCCAAACAUUGGCUACAACAUACUACAGUGGGUCUGGGGAAACAACAACCUGAGUUUCAAAGAUGUCGGCACCUUCAAUGAGAACCUGUCAAUCAAUAACACCCUCAUCCAAUGGCAUACAGUAUGUGCUAAGGCCCCUGAGUCUACCUGUUCCUCUGAGUGUGGCCCUGGCCAGGUGCGCAGAGUGAAAGGCUUCCAUUCCUGCUGCUUUGACUGUAUUGACUGUUUACCGGGCACCUUCCAGAAUGGCAGAAUGGACAUCCAGUGUACCCAGUGUCUAGAUGGCCAGUGGUCCCUGAUACGUAGCACCAACUGCACCAAGCCUACCUUUGACUUCCUGACCUGGGGCCAGCCUGAGUCCUUGGGGCUGCUGCUGGCCAUGCUGGUGCUGCUGGCCUGUCAGGGGGCUGUGGGGGUCCUGUUCCUGCAGCACCGUGGUUCUCCGCUGGUGAGGGCCUCUGGGGGGUCCCUGGGUGGUGUGUCCCUACUCAGCAUGAUGGGGGGCUGUGCCUGCCUGCUGCUGUUCCUGGUCCAGCCGGGGGACAUGGUGUGUCGUCUGCAGCUUCCCCUCAGCUCCAUCUUCCACACAGUCACCCUGUCCACCAUCCUAGCCUUCUCACUGCAGAUUGUGUAUGUGACAGAGUUCCCUGAGAAGGCUCCGUCUCAUCUGGAUACACUGAGAGGCCCUGGAGGCUGGCUGCUGGUACUGGCCUGCUGUGGUGUGCAGGCAGGGAUCUGUGGCUAUUAUGUCCAGGAGGGGCCCUCUCUAUCCCGGUACCUGGCCAAGAUAAAGGUGACCUUUGUGAGAAAGUUCCUACGAUGCCCUGUGGAGCCCAUCUUAUGUCUGGGCCUGAUGCAGGGCUUCAAUGGCCUCCUCGCCCUCAUAUCCUUCAUGUGCACCUUCAUGGCUGUGAAGCCCAUUCGACAAUACAACCUGGCCAGAGAUAUCACCUUCUCCACCCUGACCUACUGCGUGGUUUGGGUGGUCUUCAUCCCCAUCUACACCGGUCUGAAUGACAAGGAACGCUCCAUUGUCCAUGUAUCUGUCAGUUUGCUCAGUAACAUGGGGCUGAUGGCGGCCUAUUAUCUGCCAAAAUGUCACCUGCUGCUGAAGAAACCUGAGCUCAACACAGCAGAGCACUUCCGGACCUUCCUCGAGGGAACUCUAGGAACUCCUCAAGAGGAACAGGACCAGGGACCUGCAGGGGAGGGACAGGUAUCAGGGGAGGGACAGGUAUCAGGGGAGGGACAGGUAUCAGGGGAGGGACAGGGACAGUGAAAUGUAUUCUGUUUAAUGUUUCAAUAAUAUAUACAAUUUAAUUUUGUGUGUUAUACAUUUCAUGUGCAUGUAUACUAGUUUGAUUGAAUGAUUUCAGUUAUUUAUCUUUGCAGAAAUUGUGAAUAAACACACUGUAAAGGAGCAGGGCCGUGCACAGACCUU